AUGACCUUUUACAUGCCAAAUGUACUAAAGUACUCCAACCCACAACACCCUCCUAUUACCACACCAACAAAUAAUGUCAAUUCUCAACCCAUACCCUUCUCGAAACCAAUUGGGCUCUUUCCGCCUAUUGGAGGAAUCCCGGUUUCUGACUACAACUCCAUCCCAAGUCAAUCUUUUGGCUUACAUGGGAUAAGUUUUUCAGCUUCCACUAUUCUUCAAGAAGAAUUGGAGUUUGGCAUGGUUUAUGUUAUUGACGUUGACUUGUUAGAGAAAACAAAUCUUUACGGGAUGACUUUACUUGGAAAAGCCAAAGGAAUGUAUAUUGGCAGCAAGGAAAGCCAAAUGAUGGCAAUGACGAUAAGCUUUGCUGACAAUGAUUAUAAAGAUGGAUUAAGGUUUUUUGGAUUGCAUCAAGCGGAUAUAGAUUCUGAGUCUCAUGUCGCGAUCAUUGGUGGCACAGGGAUAUAUGAAGGUGCCAAUGGAUACGCGACUAUAAAGGCUGUUAAGUUAAGCUCAAAACUUGUAAAAGAAGGAGAAUCAAAUAGUUUUCUUUUGAUAGAUGUUUACUUAGGUUGA